GGACAACUGCAUAAAUGCGGGUGAAAGUAUUAGGGAGAUGACGAGUCCUCUGCAUGACACUUCCGCGUAGCAGCUGUACGCCCACCGAUUCCCAGAUUUCCUUCUCGCAAACCACUCAUUCCCCAAUCUUCUUCCAAUCCAAACUCCACAAACAGAUUCAGAGGUACGAUGAAUCGGCGAAUCGACACUUGUAAUCCAAAUCUCUGCCGGGAAAUCGAAACAGAACAAACCCCAUUCUGAGUUUCCCUCAUUUGCGUCGGAAAAGGUUAGAUUUCCGGAGUCCGCACGCAUGGCCAAGACUGGGGUAGUGGACGGCGCUGAUUCGUCGGCCGCGAGGGCGGCGGAGCUGAAGAGGGAGUUGCAGAAGGCGGUGAAAGCGAUUGUUAACGAGGAAGGCUCCAAUGUGGAAGCCAUUGAUAGGGCCCACGAAUCGCUUAGCGCCUUGAGGGAUCUCAGAACGAAUUACCCCCGCCGCCGCUCAUCUUUCAGAGAGCAGAACAGUGUAUCUCCGCCGCCGGACUCGUUCCGGUGCCCGCUAUCUAAGGAACUCAUGAGGGACCCAGUGAUUCUUUCUACCGGGCAGACUUACGAUAGGCCAUUCAUCCAGAAAUGGUUAAACAGUGGGAACCGAACGUGCCCAAGAACCCAACAAGUCCUCACACACACCAUACUCACACCCAAUCACUUGGUUUCGGAUCUGAUCAACCAAUGGUGCAAGAAUAACGGGAUCCAACUUCCAGACCCGAUCGGGUCUUCAACGGAUGACGCCGUAACGGAAGCCGAUCGAGACCACUUCCUUUCGCUGCUUGGAAAGAUGUCUUCCACUCUGCCCGAACAAAAAGGCGCCGCGAGAGAAUUGCGUUUGCUGACGAAACGGAUGCCAUCGUUCCGGGCAUUGUUUGGUGAAUCGGUAGACGCAGUUCCUCAACUGCUGGGCCCGUUAUCCAAACUGAACCCCGAGAAUGACAUAAACCCUGACCUGCAAGAAGACCUGAUCACAACCUUAUUGAACCUCUCGAUUCACGACAACAACAAAAAGCUCGUCGCGGAGACUCCUAUGGUGAUACCACUUCUGAUGAGCGCUCUAAGAUCGGGGACAGUUGAGACGAGGAGCAAUUCUGCCGCUACUCUCUUCACGUUAUCUGCUCUCGACUCUAACAAAUCGCUGAUCGGGCAAUCCGGUGCGUUAAAACCGCUUAUCGAGCUUCUGGAUGAAGGGCAUUCUCUGGCGAUCAAAGACGCAGCAUCGGCCAUUUUUAACCUCUGUAUUCUCCAUGAAAACAAGGUGAGGGCAGUAAGGGAUGGGGCGGUGGGGGUUCUCUUGAAAAAGAUUGAAAAUGGGAUCCACGUGGAUGAAUUGCUGUCCAUUCUGGCAAUGCUUUCGACCAAUCAGAGGGCAGUUGAGGAAAUUGGGGAGUUUGGAGGGGUCCCAUGCUUGCUUAGUCUGAUGAGGGAGAACUCUUGUGAAAGAAACAAAGAGAACUGUGUUGCUAUACUGUAUAGCAUCUGUUUCAUGGACAGAACCAAGUUGAGGGCAAUUAGGGAAGCAGAGAAUAUGUACAGGACUAUCUCCCAGCUUGCUCAGAAUGGGACUUCAAGAGCCAAGAGGAAGGCAAGUGGGAUUCUUGGCAGACUCAGUAGGGGUCACAAUCUCACCCAUACUGCAUGAAUUGAAGGAAGCCUUUGGUACUUUGUUAAAAAAAAGAGUGUAAAUUCCUCACCUUCUUAAACUUUUACAUAAUAAUCUCUUUUGAGGGAUGUUUUGGUCCUUUGGGGUAAACUUAGUUGUGUAAAUUCCUAUCCUGAGCUUACCAUGUCUAUCUAUGUGUAAUUAAUCUGGAAGUUUUAUAAAUAGUUCCAUUAUGUCUUUUACAUUGCUUGUUCAUUAAUGAUGCUUUAUUACUGCCUGAUUUGUGUAUGCUUGUUUGGCUCCAUUUGGUAGCCAG